CUGAAUGGAAGAGGACAGAAGCCCAGGAAGACAGAUCGCCUCUCAACCUCCUACGCUCCAGUGAAAGAAGUCCCAACCUAUCCAGCAAUGUAUCUACUCAAGACUGGGCAUCCAUGAGGCGCUGUGGGCCAUCAACGGCAGCAGAAUUGUACUCCAGCCCAUCAUGGCUUGGCAUAUCCCUCACUCAACCAUUACCAUCAAGCCAGGGGAACAACCUUGGUUCAGUGGAGAGUACAGGAGAGCAUACCAGGGGCUGCACCAGGCAUAGAGUCAUUGAGAUGCACAGUAGAAACAGACCCUUUGCUCUAACUCAUCCAUGCCAACCAUAUAUCCUAAAUUAAUCUACUCCCAUUUGCCAGCAUUUGGCCCAUAUUCCUCUAAACCCUUCCUAUUCAUGUCCCCAAUCAGAUGUCUUUUAAAUGUUGUAAUUGUACCAGCCUCCACCACUUCCUCUGGCAGCACAUUCUAUACAAGUACCACCCUCUGGUGAAAACGUUGCCCCUUAGGUCCCUUCCAAAUCUUACUGCUCUCACUCUAAAUAUACCUAAAGAAAUGAGGUGUUAACCUGGGGAAGCUGCCAAAUCCUGCAUGCCAGUCAGUGUAGGCAGCAUUGAUAGACAGAGCUGAGUGAUUCCACAGCCAAAGAAUCAGAGCUUAGCUCUGCAGUCCUGCCACAUCCAGGCGUGAAUGGUGGUGGACAAGUAGACAACUUGCUUGACAGGAGGAGGAUCUGCAAACAUCCCAAUCCUCAAUGCUGGAGGAGCCCAGUACAUCAGGGGAAAGGAUUAAGGCAUUUGCAGCACUCUUCAGUCAGUUGCCCCGAAUGGAUGGAGCAUUGUCAGUCAAUUCGAUUCACUCCCCACACUGUCAAGAUUUGGAGAUGCCAGUGUUGGACUGGGCUGGACAAAGUUGAAAAUCACACAACACCAGGUGCUGCCAGAGGAGCUGAAUCUCUCUAGCAACCUCUCCUUGUUUCAGAUUUCCAGCACCCGCAGUGUUUUAUUACAACACACAGAGCAGACUGUGCACCAGCACCAGGCGUAAGGAGUUCACCAACAGGAAGAAAGCCCUACCCCCUCCGAGCCAUUUCCUGUCAGUCAUAGAAUCGUCACAGCAGAUUGGAAGAGAGGUGGGCAAGGCCUUGGCACUUUGCAACAGGGCGACUGGGAGGAUCUCCGUCGAGGUGAAUGAGCGCGAGAGCGGUGCAGGACGUGAGGCGGGGCCCGGUGGUGUGCGAGAAUGGAGCCCAACACCUUCUCCCGCAUCCGGCUGUGGUGCCCAAGGCCGUUGGGCGGCUACUCCGGGAAUAAGCCGUGCUGCAUCAGCGUCAAGAAGAUGGCGGGCGAUGCCAGGCCCAAGGAGGGGGAGGCCUCGUGCCCCGAGAACGUGCCCCCACCGACUCCGGGUGGCCCGGGCGGUGGUGGCAAUGCCGGGGACGGGCAGGGUGAGGAAGGCCGGGUCCUCCUGGACACGUGGUACGUCAUCAAACCGGGCAACACCAAGGAGAAGAUUGCCUUCUUUGUGGCACACCAGUGCAGCGGAGGGGUUGGCACCGGACGGACCACCAACGCCGUCAAGGUCAAGGGCAACUGGAGCACGGACGGCACCAAACCCAAGAGGCGGCGCAAGUCUCGGGAGCCGGUCCAGGAGGGGCCCUGUCCAGUCAGACCCAGGGAGCAGCCCGGGCUCUCCGACAGGCUGUGCCCGCCCCAGCCAGACGGCGGGGCCUGCGCCCAGGAGACUGACCCGCCCUUCUCGGUGGCCGAGAUGGUAGCGCGGGUGGAGAGGAGGGCGGCCGCCGGCGAGGAGGUUCCAGCCGCCCCCCCGGCGCGAGGACCGGCGCCCUCCCCUCCCCCGGGGCAGACCGAGAGCCGGGGGCUGGGCGCUGCCGCCGACUCGCGCCGGGUGGCCCAGGCCAUCGCCCGGAUCGAGUCGGCCCAGCGGGGGGCGGGGGGAGGCCAGGAGGGGGAGGGGGUGGGGGUGCCAGCGGCUGGGGUUGGGGAGCGGGCGCCGUGCCCGCCCGGGGAGGUCCGCAUCGCCUUCCGGGUGGCCAGCGGUGACCCCCGCUCGCCGGCAGACUCCCAGGCCCCGGGCCCGGGCCCGGGCUGCAUCUUCAUGAGCUGCAACCACACGGUGUGUGGUGGAGGCGCGGUGGAGAAGAUCACCUGCGACCUCUACCACAUCGUCAGCCCCUCCUCGUCCUCCUCGACCUCCUCCUCGUCUUUGCCGGACCCCAAUCCCGGGGGCCUCAACUCCAAUGGCAACCACCGUCACCGCGGCGACGGCCAGGCCCGCGCCCGCCCGGACGUGGAGAUGGCGACUGCCGGCCUAGCCGAGGAGCCACGGGCAGGCGGCCUUCCCACCGAGGGGGCGGGCGGUGCCUCCUCCCCCACCCCAGCCUCUCCCCCGCCCCUGGAGAAGGGCUCCCCCCGGGACUGCCUGAACGGUUUCCACGUGGAGGUGGUGGUCACCGGAGGCGUAGACCACUCGGUCUUCUUCGGCCGGGAGGGCCCGCCCGGCGACAAGGAGGACACGGUCUGCGUGACGGUGAGUGGGCCCGCGCCGGACGCCAAGUGCCCGGCCUGCGAGGACCCCUCUCCGCCGCCCGGCCAGCUCUUCUUCCUGAGGCCCCUCCCCCCGGCAGACGCCGACUCCUCGGCCGAGCCGGCUCCCACCGGCGGGUCACCGGACCCCAAGGACAGCGCCGUCCUCCUGAGCCCCGAGUCCGAGCCCCCGGACGCCCCGCUCUACUGCCUGUACCGCCACGUCUCGCACGACUUCCUGGAGAUCCGCUUCCAAAUCCAGCGGCUCCUGGAGCCCCGGCAGUACCUCCUGCUCCUGCCCGACCACGUGACGGUGAAGAUCCUCAGCUACCUCCCCACCCGGGCCUUGGCGGCCCUGAAGUGCGUCUGCCACCACUUCAAGGCCGUGAUCGAGGCCUACGGGGUGCGGGCCACGGACUCGCGGUGGAACCGGGACCCCCAGUACCGGGACGACCCCUGCAAGCAGUGCAAGAAGCGAUACGAGCGGGGCGACGUCUCCCUCUGCCGUUGGCACCCGAAACCUUAUCACCACGACUUGCCUUACGGACGCUCCUAUUGGAUGUGCUGCCGACGGAAAGACCGGGACACCCCGGGAUGCUGCGUCGGUCUCCAUGACAACAACUGGGUGCAGCCCAGCGACACACUCAAGAAGGAGGAGGGGAGGUAAAACAACAAACCCUGUGGGACAGGAAAGGAACGUUUUUGUUUUCCGGAAAAUUCUCGGCCCUCCCCUCCCCGCUCCGGCUGAACAUUCCGGCUUCUCGUGUGCUAGAGCUAUUUAAUUUCUGUUCCGUUUGAAGGCGUUUGGGCUGUCGGGGUGCGUAUGGAAUGAGAUUAAUUGUCGAGAGCAUGAUCGAGAUUGUGUUCUUCCCUCUCUCUAGUUUUUUAUUUGGUUUCCCCACCCCCUCCCCCUUGUUAUCCAAAUAUAUCGAAACAUAAUUUAA